AUGUUUGAACAGUUAUCAAAUUUCGAUAUGGAUCCUUACCAAAUUACAUAUAAAGUUAUUCAACAACCGAAAGAUAAUACAUUUGAUUUCAUUUUUGAAACUGAUGAUACGAGAACUAAAAAACUUCAUCGAAAUUCUAAAGCAAAUAAAGAUAUCGUGUGUCUUGUUGAUGUCCCAUUCCCGCCAAAUUUAUCUGCAGAAGACCUAAUAAGACCCAGAAAUGAGAGAUGUGGUAAAGUUAAAGUACCUAAUAAAUUCUUUAUAUACAGAAAAUGGUAUACCAUGUGUUUGGGCGGAAUUGGACGGAAAAAUGAACAAACGUCAAUCUCUCGUUAUAUUUCUGAAAAAUGGCGCAAUGAACCUCAAGGAAUAAAGGAUUUUUAUCAUGACUUGUCUAUGCAAGCGAAUGAAGAAGAAGCAACAAGUGAUAAUGAGUCAGUGGCAAUAGUAAAUUGCUUUCUGAGUAAACAUAAAGCAUGGAGAAAACAAGUGGAAAUGAAGAAAACUGAAAAGAACCAUGAAGACUGGAAAUUAUACAUUGCAGUUUAUUUUGGAAAAGAGAAGGAUGUUGAAAGAGCAUGUAAAAUUGAAAUUGAGGGAAACAAAGAAAAUGAAAUAUCCAAUUUAGUUAGAGUCAUAGUAACUCAAAAUAAAAGUAUCAAUAAAGAGAAUAGUUCAAAUUUUGGAUAUUCCGGCGUGCGAUCAUCAGCAAUUGCACAUUUUGAAGAUUGUGCUAUUGCAGAUCAUAUUUGGCAGAUUGCACAAAUGGAAGCAAAAACUUGUUAUUUUCCAAGAAAUUUAUAUGGAAAAAAGAAAAGAAUGACAAUUGCAACAUUAGAAAGUGCAGAAGAAAAAGUAAAAAUCAUGGAACAAGCCUGGGAAGCUGACCAAAUUGUACAAAAAUUUAAAGGAUCAUAUAGAUCUAGGUACAGGAUAUCUGAUGCUGUUAAAAGAAAUGUGAACAGGAAUAAAGAAAAUAAGGAAGGGGACAGUAACCAAGAAAACAUUUUGAAAGCCAUAUUGGAAACACUUCAAAACAUAAAACAAGAUAUAUUAGAUAUUAAGCAACACAACAAUGACAUGGAAGAGAAAGAAGAUGGAGAUUUAGAUAAUACUGUGAAAGAAGUGUCUAAUGCAACUACUGAAAAUAUAAGAACCAAAGAAAAACAAAUUAGAAAGUAUGGAAAUAUGUCUAAUCUAUCUAAACAACAGGACAAUAUAAGAAAAAGUGAACAAACUUCAAAAAAUAAUAAUAUAAACAAUACAAAUAAUAAACAUUUAAACAUAAAUGACAUAUCAUAUAAUGCAUCAGAAAAUAAUAAAAAAUCAAAAAAAAAUAGUAAAAAUAAUGAAAAAACAAAAAAUAACAAGGAUCUAAUUAGUGAAAUUAACAACAACAAUAAUAAUCAAAUAUCAAACUUGGACAUUAAUAUGAAUAACAAUACAGUAGAUAUAGAAAAAGAAAAUAAUAAUAAUAAAUUUAUGAGAAUAGCUACUCAAAAUAUUAAGGGAAUAAUAAGUAUAGCUAAACAAAUGGAUUGGUUGAAUAACUGUAUAGAAAAAGAAUUUGAUAUAAUAGGGCUAACUGAAACAUGA